CACUAGCUGACUAGCUACCGUCUACAUCGAUUCACGUACACGUGAGAGCUCAUCAGCUGAACUAGCUAGCUAGCUGCGCUGCAUGCUGCUGCUGCGCUAGCCGAAUAAACUCACGAAGGGCUUAAAAUUUGGUUUAAAAAAAUUAUGUAUUGAUUCAAUUACCCCUUAAGAAUUUUAAAAUAUUAAAAGCAAUGUAAUUUUAUUUUUUUAAACUUUACUGAUUUGUUGCAUCCAAUUGUCGAACUCAUCUAUCACUCUAAUUUUGUAUUUAGCCAAACGAGGAGCAAUUUAUUCAAAAUGUCUGCGCCCUACGGCUACGGGAAAGGCCCAGGACAGGGAAUGGCACCGCCCCCGGGAAUGGCAAAUUGUCACGUCUGUGAGAAGUCGUUCAAAGUUCUAAAACGCUGCAAAAGUUGUAAAUCGACAUUUUAUUGUUCUAGAGAAUGUCAGAUUCGUGACUGGCCCACUCAUAAACUCCAUUGCUUGCCAAAAGACAGGAGCACCAAGAGAGCAGUUGAUCUCCACUCAAAAGCUGACGGGGACAGUAUUAAAAUUGAAACGGUGAAUUUCCAGACCCUGACACUCAAUGGGGAAACAACACCAAGCUCAAGGAAGGUGGAUGACAGUAGACUGUCCUCUAAAAUGGCUUAUGACUUGCCUGUGAAAGAACAGGAGAUUCAAGGAAGUGUUCUACAACCUGGGGAGCAGAGAGCAUCGGCAUGUUCAACAAGUACAGCAGGUGACAUCGGGGAUCUGGUGACAGUCACAGUAAAAACAAGCAAACAGAAGCACCAUGUGACUCUUGAUAGAAGCUCUACGGGGACAGACUUGUUGGCGGACAUUUCAAGAACCGUGUGUAUUCCAGUCCAGCAGAUGAAGUUGAUCCACAGGGGGAAAAUUAUGAAUCCAGAAAACAUACGAGAUACCCUCAAGGAAAAAGCCGUCUUUCAAGCCAUUGGAGAAGUUGCAGAAAAUGAGGAAGGGCUGAGCGGCAAGGACAUCACCUGUGUGAUGAGCCAGAUUAAAGUGGACCGCAACACGGCCAUCAAAGCUUUGAGACAAAAGGGAAAUGCCAUUGAUGCUAUUUUGUACCUUGGUAACAAAUAAGCCAGAAGAGAUUUUAUGAUAAACUUAGUUUGCAAUAAGGGGUCCAUUUCAUGUAGAGUUACUGCUAUGUUCACUUUGCCAUAAUGGCAACUCCCAUGACAACAGGGCUCAACAGCCAUUCACAAUCAACGUUUCCAUGGUAGAAUGUAAUGGAAAAGUUAAUAUACAUGAUGUAGUGGGAACUUUUGUAUGAAAGGGACCUGUGAUGUAAGAGAUUAUUGCCUUAAUUGCCUUGAGAGAAAACGCCUUGAUAUGUUGUAUAAUGAUUUUCAGUGACAGUGCUGUGAUUUUAUUUUUAAUCGUUAUCAGUAGUUAGUUAUCGGUCUGCUGUAACAUUUUUCUGGGACAUAUUCUGAUGAAAUUCAAACCAUGUAUGGAAUGCCUACACCAGGGCUUGACGUUAGCAGUGGCCCGGGACAACAAAAAAAUGAGAGCCGGGCCACCAAAAUUUUUCGAAAGCCCACACUUGGUUGCCCAGUUUGGCUACUAAAGUUUUGAUAAAUUGUUAUGUUUUCUGGCCAUCAACUUUGCUAUGUGGGCCACUAAAAAUAUGAAAUUGAUGAUUUUGGUGGACUGAUCGAGCCACCAAGAAAAAAAGUUAGUGUGGAGUCUUACCUACAUUAAAAAUUGUUGAAUGUAAAAGAUGUCAGUGCAUCAAAUAAUUUGGUGCUGUGUUCGUAUAUUGAUUGACUUGUAAUUUGUAAAUGUCUCUACUGACAUGGACUGUGUAUUCAGUUUACCCAGUUACAAAUGAAUUUUACAUACUUCAAGGAAGAGGUUUUCAGAGUUUUAGAGUCGAUGUGCCACUCAUAUUGAAUGGUGACUUGUUGUUCAGGGAUUUUUUCCUUUCAUCAUUAAGGGAUAAUGUAUUUUACCAUCCUCAUCUUUUUUCAUGUGUUUCCAAGUCUACAACUUGUUGGCGUGAUUUAGCUUUCUACGUUCCAAAUGUUGACCACCUUGUUUACUGGUACCCUUUCUAUCGGUUCCGUAAAAUUUGCAAUGUGACCAAUAUGAGAAAUCACUAAAAACGGCUGACUUUCACAAAAAUAACAGUGACCUUGCGUAAAAUAUGAGAUCUUGACCAUUCAGCAGCUACAGUACACCCCUAAUUAUCAAUCUCAUUUGAACUGUUCUCCCUCCAGAAAGUGUUAUGUUCUGGCAAUUUCAAAAUAAUGACUGUAAACAGCAUUCCAUACUACUUAGUAAAAAACAAAAUAUUAUCACCCUUUGUUUAGAAAAGAAAACGGGGAGUAACUUUGUCCCACCAGCCAUAAAUAAAGAAUAUUGUCUACGUUCUGUUUUUGUAUUGAAAAUUAAAAGCAUAGCUUAUUAGAGUUAUAGAAUUUAAUUUAUUUAUUUACUAGUAUUCACUUUCACUUUUUUCAAUAAAAUUUAUUUCCACUUAAAACAGCAAUGUUUCCAAAUCAAUACAAUAUUGAUAAAUACAGAUACUAUAUAUGUUCAUUUUUAUAGCGCUUGAAUAUUUAUGAUGUUUGUGUGUCAUGUAUAUUUUGUUACGUGCUCUAAUAUUUUAUUUAAUAGGUAUAUGCAAGAGAAAUACUGUCAAAUGAUUGUAUUGGUAUGAAAAUAAACAUUUAUUCUAUAUUGAUUUUGAAAGUUUAAACUAUGCAUUUUCUAGUACAUAUAUAUUUAAUUUAUGAUUUGAUUUGAUAUCCCUACAGCCCACACCCAUUUUCAAACUCAUGCAUAUUUUACUAAAGGGACGAGUGUGGCUCUCAUUAUUAUUCAUCUAAAAAUGUGAAAUUGGAAUUCAGGGAAGUAUUUUGUUACAAAAAGCUAAUUUACACAAUUUGUAGACAUUUUUUCAAAGAAAAUGGGAGGGGUGUAGGCAUUUCAAGCUUAGUGCAAAAAAUAAAAAUUCUGGAGGACAAAAAAAUCUUGUUUCAUUGGAGCUUACAAAUAUGUAAUGGUAUAUUUUAUCUGAAAUUCCAUAUCAGCCCUCAUACUUGCCUGAACUCAAGCAAGGGAAAUAUCAAUCCUCUAAACAUAUUUACAUGGUUCUCAUUAAAAUUUAUAUCAUGAUUUUAUAA